AAAAAAUAUGCCAAAACUGAAAUGAUUACAAAUUGUGUCACAUUUCACAAUUUACAAGGAAGAAUCAAAAAUUAUUCAUAAAUAAAAACAUACCUUUUAACACAAAAAGUACUAAUAUCAUUAGUAUUAUUAGAUUUCCAAAAAGCAGUUCUCGAUAGUUAAUUAUAAUUAAAGCAGUGAUGACUUUUGCAUCAUUGUUAACGCAUUAUGAAGCGGCAGCAUAAAUCAUGCUCGGCGACGUCCAGUUAACGAAGCGUUUAAUAGUGAUAGUUGUCAUUUUGAGUAUUAUUUUUGUGUUGAAAGAAUUCGUAUUUGUUUAUCCACUAUGACUCAACAAAGGGUAGCGUAUUUCUAUAAUCCGGACGUGGGUAAUUUCCACUACGGUCCAGGGCAUCCAAUGAAACCACACAGGCUGGCUGUGACGCAUUGUCUCGUGUUGAAGUAUGGUCUUCAUAAGAAAAUGCAGAUAUAUAAGCCGUAUAGGGCCAGCGCUCACGAUAUGUGCCGUUUCCACAGCGAGGACUACAUAGAGUUUCUGCAAAAUGUAACUCCUCAAAAUAUACAGAGUUACUCAAAAGAUCUUUUGCACUAUAAUGUUGGAGACGACUGUCCAGUAUUCGAAGGUCUUUUCGAUUUCUGCUCAAUGUACACUGGAGCUUCAUUGGAAGGUGCUAUGAAGCUAAAUAAUAACACUUGUGACAUUGCCAUCAACUGGUCUGGGGGCUUGCAUCAUGCAAAGAAAUUUGAACCUUCCGGAUUUUGCUACGUCAAUGAUAUAGUAAUAGCAAUUUUAGAGCUCCUAAAAUAUCAUCCAAGGGUUCUGUACAUAGAUAUUGAUGUUCACCAUGGAGAUGGGGUUCAAGAAGCUUUUUACCUCACUGACCGAGUCAUGACGGUUAGUUUCCACAAGUAUGGGAACUAUUUCUUCCCUGGAACGGGAGAUAUGUAUGAAAUUGGUGCAGAGAGUGGACGAUAUUAUUCGGUAAAUGUACCACUGAAAGAAGGCAUAGAUGAUCAAAGCUACAUACAGGUAUUUAAACCAGUGAUCUCCUAUGUGAUGGAGUGGUAUCAACCUACAGCGAUAGUACUGCAGUGCGGUGCUGACUCGCUGGCUGGCGAUAGGCUUGGAUGCUUCUCACUCUCAACUAGAGGUCAUGGCGAGUGUGUGAAUUUCGUUAAAAACUUAAAUGUGCCAACCCUGGUGGUGGGCGGAGGAGGAUAUACCUUGAGAAAUGUAGCUCGCUGCUGGACUUACGAGACCUCACUUCUUGUGGACGAACAGAUCUCCAAUGAGCUUCCAUAUAAUGAGUACUUAGAGUUCUUUGCACCAGAUCUUCAGUUGCAUCCAGAGAUCAGCAGGCCUGAAAGCACAAACAAUGCCAAUAGCAAAGCUUAUUUAGAAGCUAUAACCAAAUAUGUAUGCGAUAAUCUGAAGAUGUGUCAACACUCGCCCGCAGUACAAAUGACUCAUAUACCAGGUGACUUCUUCCCUGAAGAUUACCGAAUCAAGGACGAACCCGAUCCUGACGUUCGUAUCAGUCAGGACGAUGCUGACAAAAUGGUGGAGCCCAAAAACGAGUUUUACGAAGACGAGAAAGAUAACGAUAAGGAGUUGCCACCAGAGAUUAAGGAUCCAUAGCAAAUAGAACUGCCUCCGGAUCCCCUCGCUAUAUGACAUGUGCACAAGAAGUACAGAAUGAGCAUUUUAGCUCUAGCAGACUAAGGCACCGGAGGUAGACAGUGAUUUGAAAACGUUAAUAAAGUGUUUGUGUUAGGUCUGUUAAGUGUAAAAAAAAAAACAUUAUAGUGCCAGUGUUUUUUUGAUUGCAGUGGGUAUGGCUUCUUUACCGUAACACUAGAAACAAAUUACAUUCCACAUCAAACAAUCAUGGCAAUAUUGGUAUUAAUUUUAUUGUGAAUAUAUUAAAUAGAGUAAUACUACGUAAUAUUACAACGGCUUUAACAGUAUAGAGUGAAAAUUUUGGAUGUUGUAUGAUUUCAAUGUAUGUUAUUAUGAUAAAUAUAAGUUUUAACUUUC